GCGUCGCGAGGUGGCCUGGCGCUGCUUCCAAAGCGAGGCGGAGAAGGUCACGGUGGGAGGCGCGUGCUCGGCGCCGGCACGUUCGGGGAGCGAGCUGGUCCUGGCGUUGUCCCGCCGCCCCUUCGCGCCCGGGCCACGCCGCUUUGUUUGCCCGCCCGCGUCCCGCGGCUCGGCCCGGCGUCUUCCCUCGAGGAGCGACCAUGGAAGCUGUGAGCGCGCUGCUGGCCGGCUGCCCUACGGGCGGCCUGGCCGGCGGCCUCGGGGUCACCGUGUGCGCCGCCGCCGGCGUGCUGCUCUACAGGAUCGCGCGCAGGAAAAAGCCGACGCACGUCACCGUCAACUGCUGGUUCUGCGAUCAGGACACCGUGGUGCCCUACGGGAACCGCAACUGCUGGGACUGCCCCAACUGCGAGCAGUACAACGGCUUCCAGGAGAACGGCGACUACAACAAGCCCAUCCCCGCGCAGUACCUGGAGCACCUGAACCACGUGGUGGCCCACACGGCGCCCUUCUGCGACGGCGCGCAGCCCCAGCAGUGGGUGAGCAGCCAGGUCCUGCUGUGUAAGAAGUGCAACAACCACCAGACCACCAAGAUCAAGCAGCUGGCAGCCUUCGCCCCGCGGGACGAGGGUAAAUAUGACGAGGAGAUCGAGGUGUACCGGCACCACCUGGAGCAGAUGUACAAGCUGUGCCGGCCCUGCCAGGCUGCCGUGGAGUAUUACAUCAAGCACCAGAACCGGCAGCUGCGGGCUCUCCUGCUCAGCCACCAGUUUAAGCGGCGGGAGGCAGACAAGGCCUCCGUGCAGAGCAUCUGUUCUUCUCCGGUGACUGCUCCAGCCCAGGUCAUCCUCCUUCGCUUCCUGGCCUUUCUGCUCUGCAGCUUCCUGCUGGUCACUGCCCUGUACGGCUCCGGCCAUCCCUUCGGCCCGGCCGCCUCCUGGACCCCUGCUCUGCUGGCGGGGGGUAAUGUCUCCUCUCCCGGGACCUCGGCCUCCUCCAACACCAGCACGGCCCCGGCUUGGCAGCAGCUGCUCCAUCUGCUUCCCGAGCACGUGUUGGAGAACCUCCGUGGGGCCUGGGAUUUCGGCCAGAGCCACCAGGUGGCAGUGGUGGCGUCGGGCCUGCUCACCUGCCUCCUGGCCAUGCUGUUGGCAGGCCGCAUCAGGCUUCGAAGGAUUGACGCCUUCUCUUCGUUCCUGUGGUUCCUGGUCCUGGGGCUGCACCUGAUGGAGCGCUACUUAGACAUGGACCCCCCCAGCUGGCUAGACACACUCAAGUUCAGCGCCACAUCCCUGUGUUGCCUGGUGGGCCUCACUGCAGCUGUGGCUACCCGGAAAGCAACGGGCCAGCGGAGAUACCGGCCCCGAAGGUCAGAGCUCCAGCAGUGACAGACGGGGGAGGGCCUUUGUUUUCAUAUUUUGUUUUUUAAACAACAAACCCCCAAGCUUGGCAUCCUCCACCUGAUUGGUGCUCCUGUCUCUUUCUCCUUUCCCUUCCUUCUUGCCAAAUGCCUUCUGCUGGUAGAACUGGCCAAGACUUCCCAUUCUCCAUGGCUAGCACCCCUCACAGACCCAAGUCCCUCCUCUUUGGGUCCCAUGCUCCUCUCGUCCACCUGUGUCCAUGCUGCCCUCUGAGCCCACUCGCCAGGCCCACCAGAGAGCCACUCUCUCCUGUGUGGACGCUGUUGUUGCCUUCUGAACCUGAACCUUGCUUCCUAGUCCUGAGGCCUGUGGAGGUGGUGGUGGUGGUGGUGGUUGGGUCAGUUCUCCCCUAUACCCUUGUUGCCCUUGUCUUGGAGCUAUGCGGCUAGGUAAGAGGGCAGGCCUGUGUCUUGUUUUCUCCUCCCUCUUCCUCAUUAAAGGCUGAGAAUUGGGGGGGCUUCUCUGACCUUCCCUACAUGACCUGAUUUCCUUCCUCUGUUGUUUUCUCAGCCUUCCUUGGCUGGGAGGUGGGGAUAUUGAGAGGAUCCUUGCCUAUAAAAAGGAUACAGUGAUUUCUAAGGUGUUUCUGGCUCUUGAGGUUCUGUGUUCUAACUUUGUUAUAAGUCCCUUUCAGCUCUAAUAUCUUAUGGCUCCAGGCAACUGUCAAAGGUCAGGCAGCCAGGCAAUCAUUUAUUAAGUGCCUGCUAUGUGCAUGCACUGUGCUCAGCGCUGGACAUACAAAAGGUCAAGACAGCCCCUCUCCUUAUUGAGCUCGUGAGCUAAUGAAGGGCUUGUCCUUGGGCCUAGGGGAGGAGGACCCACUGCCAGCUGUAACUGGUCCAGCAGCAACUCGGAGAGGAACUCUGGGAUGGGACCCCCUGGAGACCACUCUUAGCUCUGCCUCCACAAGGCUGUCAGUGCUGUCAUUUGAGGUUGACUGUUAUCUCUGACAAAGCCCUUCACCUCCCAGGCCUCAGUUUCCUCAUUUAUAGAAUGAAAAAGAUCAUCUUUACAUUUCCCUCCAGCUCUGAAUUUUCAGAUCCCAGUGGGGCAAGAGUAGGGCCAUUGGUCCCAUCUCUUUUCAUCCCUCUGAGGGUACAUGCUGGAUGAGCCUUUACUUUAUCUCAGAUGGUAACCCUUACCCAAGAAGAGCAGUAGGAAUGCCAGCUGGCAUCUUUGGACAAAAAAUUAAGGCUUGAAUGGCUAGGUAGGUCAGAAACCAAGGCCAUGCAGCUGGGGAGACAGUUUUUGCCCUCUACCUAGGUUAGACCUAGGGAUGCAUUGAGAUCUUCCCUGACACCGUCGGUCCCCAAGGUGCCCAGGCCAGUUUUUUACCCUCUUCUUGCUUGUGAAACCUUUCAGGCUCUAAAGUCUAUUUUUGUCAUUUCCUCCUUCCUUCUAUGGGAGGUCUUGUCUUGCAUUCUUCCUCCUGGGAAAGCCUCUUCUCUGGCCUUUAGUGCCAGGUGCUCCUUCUAGCAAUUAGAGCCAGGUCAGGACUGGUACCUGGGCAGCCAGCUUCCCUGGCACCCACUCAAGUGGCUGGCUGAAUGGGUGAGUGAAUGGAUGAAUGAGUGGAUGACUGAAAAAGCUUUUAUUAAGCGCUUACUAUGUGCCAAGAGCUGAAGAUACAAAUGGAAGAAUGACAGUCUUCUCUCUCUGGUUCUAUCUGUCUCUGUUUCUCUUUCAGCCCCCCUGUUCCCCCAGAGGUUAUAACCAUCUUGAAGGUGCAGCUUCUGGGUGGCUGAUGAGGCCAGGUAGUUCUCAGAGGGAUUGAUUCCUUUUGUCUCAUAUCCCCAAGGCCUAACACAAUUCCUGUCACACUUGUUUAUUGAUUGGAUGGACAGAAAGGGGUCAUCUCCUUGCCAUCUUCUCACCAUCUUGGAAAAGGAUUCUUCUUCCUGUUCUGACUGAAUCCUCUUUCAGUGAUCACUCCCUUCUCAUUUAGGCCUGCCUCUUUCUGGGCUUCCUCCCAAGGAACUCUGCAGAUUGUCCAAUCAAAGGACUCAUUGUAUACUCUCCUUUUGUCCAUUGCUUCUGAUUCCAUGUCUCUUGAUUGACAAGACAGACAGUAGUAUUAGGCUCUUGAAACCUGGCAUUGUUUUUUUCCUCAGACAUCUCUCCUUUUCCCUGGGGUGGCCCCUGAAUGACUCCUGAAUCAUUACCAUGUUGUGGUGUUUUAGCUGCCCAUUCUACACUGGGGACUGAUUUGGAGACUUCUGGGACUGACUUCUAAAGGCCACUCAUCCCCUGGCCCUAAGAUUAGGUUAGAAGAAGCCAGAAGAGGCUGGAGGAGCCUUUGUCUUUGCCCUUUGAUUGGUGAGACCUUUCAGCUCAUCUCCCCAUCACUAUUUAGCAUUUCUUGCCCAGAGGAUGGUCUUCAUACAUGCCACCAUAGCCCAGUGGGUAGAAGUGCUCCAGAACCUCUUCCCAGCAGUUAUAUGAGCCCCAGAUCCCCAGCUGGUGCAUCUCACUAUCGAUGCCUGCCAUCCCCAGAGUUCUGCCUUGCUCUUCUCUCAGCCCCGUCUCUGUUCAUCUGAAGUUCUCCAGAUCCCACCUCGAGACAAAUGGCUUUGGAUGUUACUCUGCUGCCUCAGCCAUUCCUUUCAGUGCUAUCCCCAUCCAUGACCUUCAGAAUCCACGGGAGACAGAAUCGGGUUCUUUCUGGGGGCUUAGCCAGCCUGACCUCAGCAGCUAGAUGGAUAUUGUGGCUGAGCAGGGUGAGCUUGUAGCAAGGACAACACAUUGGGGGGCUGGAGCUCUGCAUUCUAGACUCAGAUCCACUUACUCUCCUUCUCUGGGUUUUGGUUUCCUCAACAAAAUAGACAGUUGGAUUGAUGUUUUCUUAGGACCCUUCUGACUCUGGCCUUCUGUGGUCUAAGGACCCUCCCUGCUUUGACCUCAGUCCAGCUUUUUCAUUGAUAACUUGUUUUCCUGUCACCUUUGUUUCCUGUCUGACCUCUGUUUUUACCCCUACCUCUAUUCACAAAGAACACAUUUUUUUCCUAUGAUUCCUACCUGUUCAGAGAAGGGCAGGUGAUGCAUUCUCAUGUCUCUUAUUUGGGGCUAAGCCUUGACCUUUAAGGUUUUCAGGGUCCUCCAGGCCCUACGUUUCUCUGUAUGCCCACACCCUCUUUUUCCAAUCUAACUUUCACUUGGCCCUGGUCCCCCGCAGCUGUCAACAUUUUUGUCUCCCAAGUUAUGAAAAAUUGCUCUUUUCCUUAAAUAAGCUGUGUGGAGAAGGAACCAGAGGCAACUUUUAUUGGGAGCUUUGAGAGGAAACAUAAUAUGAGUAGGGCUCUGCCAUAACUCUGUGUGACCUUGGGCAAAUAAUUUAACAAGACUACACUUCACCAGCCUCAGUUGCUAGGUGAAAAUGCUUUUAAAAGUGUCAUCCAAAUGAAAGGGAAGCCACUUCUGUGAGGCUGGGAGAUCAGCAUCAGGCCAUGCCCUUAGGGUGCUCAGUAAGGAGGAUUGACUGAAGAGCCCCAGCAGUGAAGUCCUCUGACUAUAAUUUGGUGGUCAUACCCUGCGGCUCUAAGCUUCCAGGUUGGCUGGCAUCUGGGAUCUCUCUAAGGUGACUUUAGUCACUGUGGACAAAUUGGUACCAAGAGGCAACUUGCUCAGGAGAAAGGGAGUCUGAGGACAAGUCACUUGGCCUACAUGGCCUCUGAGACCCUUCCAACACUAAGCUCAGUGUCUGGCACGUGACAGAUGCUUCAUAAAUGUGGAUGGAUUGGUUGCUAGAUAAGGGAUGCUAUGAAUGCCCCUCUGGGAGAAUCAGGGAGGAGAGCCCUGUCUUUGUGACUUCAUAUGGUCCGCCUUGCAGCAUACAGUAAUUUGAUUAUUUGGGAUCAGUAAAUUGGGAUGCUGCUGUCCUGUGCUCCUCAGUCCUCAGCCAAGUUUCACAAAUAGUAUUUGCAGGGACACCAAGGGGCCUGCGGAGAUGGUGAUCAGCACCGAUGGAUGGCACAUAGCUCCUGCGUGAUUGUGUUGCUCCAAGUUCUAGAUUUGAGAGUGGUUUGUGAGAGAACAGAGCCUAUGGGCAGCCUGGCUAGUGAUUCCUGCCAGGAGAGAGAUAUGGGUCACUAGGUACCAAGAAGAUUAUAAAGUCAAUCUAUGCUAUCCAAAGAAUGGAGCUUACAGGCCUCUUCAGUUGAGGGAGUUUGGCCAUGGUUCAUUCUUUCCUGGGACUGACAUGGAGUGGAGGCCCAUUACCUCCAGGCCUGACUUGAGCCUAACAGGGCAAGGCCUUCUGCUCCACCCCUCUAGCCACACAGCAGUGAUGUUGGUAAUGGGGGGAGGGGGCACCAGCUCAGAGAGGAAGAGACCUCCCCAAGAACUUCUACACUAGCCUUUUGGGGUAUAAGCGUGCCUGCCUUGCCACCCCAUGCUCCACUGAGAUUUUAUGAAUACCUUUUCUAGCUUAACCUGCACAUCCUCUGCUUCCUUAGCACAAUCACUAGUUUUCACCUGGCUAUGAAAUCAUGAACAAAGUUAACUGAGGGAAGUUUGAGAGGCGGCUUAACAGAAGGAAAGGUGCACUAGAUGAAACAUUAAAAACCUGGGCUCCAAAAUAACAAGUUCUAUGCCAAUGGAGGACAGUCACUGAACCUCUUAGGGAUGAGUGAUUCCCCCUCUCCCCCAUGAGGUGAUAGGGAGCCAGGAGAGGAGCUGAGGAGGAGAAAGACUUAAUUCCUUUUUGGCCAGGAGGUAGUUUCUGCCCUGAGCGACCCCUUUCCAUCCCCCCCAUCCUAUCCCAUCCUCUCCCCCCCCCCCCCCCCCAGCCUGGCCCAGCAUUGGCAUCUACAAAAGGAGAGACAGUGCUAUCGGUUACAGAAGGUACAACCUGGGGCCUAGGAUCACUAUUGUUCUGACUACUUUUAAGUGAUUUUAGAGUUGUGCCUUACAGAUAAACUGGCCUGACUGGGAUCCUUCCAAAGUCUGAAACAGGUCUUUGUUGAUUAGUUGGGCCAGGUAGCUAAGGGGCCAAUAGAAAGUUGGUCCCAUCAUGCCUGACUACAAAAACAUGGAGGGUAUUCAGGAGGGACAAACAACAUUCUUCCUUCCCCAAAAUGGGCUUGGUUGCUAAGCCUGAACACCCCCUCCUUUUUUCCCUUUAAAUUUUAUCCAUAUCUCUUAUUUUCCAUCAUCUUGAUUUCCCAACAUAUCCUUUCCCCUCCUCUACCCUGAGGAGAAUCCCAUCCCUUAUGCCAGUAGGAGACAGAAGCAGGUCAACAAAACUAAGCCACCCCUUGCCCAAAGUCUACCUGUGUCUGCAAUAUUACUCACCUGUAGCCCCUCGUCUCUGCAAAGAAGCAAGGGAAAGGUCUCUUUUCAUAUCUCUCCCUUCUUGACUUGAGAGUCUUGGGCUAAAAGACAGGAGACCAGGAUUGAGAUCCUAACCCUGCUUGAUAAGUAGCCUUUAUGAUGACAAAUGGAUCAUGUCCUUAGUCUCUUCUAUGCAGAUACUGGGUGCAAAAUAGAAGGACCCUCUCCCCUCAGUGAGGCUUGAUUGAUCCACUUAGCUUUUCUGCUCUCUCUGGGUCAGAGCAUGGGUAUAGAGUCCUUCCAAGACCUAAAAGAGGUGUGGUAGUCAAGUUUUAAAGAUGUUUACCAUCUUUAAAUAUAUAUAUAUAUAUAUAUAUAUAUAUAUAUAUAUAUAUAUAUAUAUAUAUAUAUAUAUAUAUAUAUAUAUACUUUUGAAAAUUACCAAAACAUUCUUUAAAAAUCAAUUUCAUGUACCCAAAGUUGAGAACUACUGUUAUAAGAGAAUAUAAGUUCCUUGAGGAUAUUCUCUUCUUUCAAGGUUUUUCGCCCUUUGGUUCUCCAUCUCUCUCCUCAGACUUUUUCUUUCUUUUUUAAAAAGGUAUUUUGCCAGUUACAUUUAACAAUUUUUCACAUGUUUUCUGAAGUUAUAAGAUGCAAAUAUAUUUCCAUAUUAUUCAUUGUUGUAAGAGAAUAUUCAUAUAAAACCAAAACCCCAAAAUAAAAGCCCAGAUAAGCUAAAGUGAAAAAUAGUUUGCUUUGAUCUACAUUCUGGCUCUAACAUUUCUUUCUUUGGAGAUGUGGAUAGCAUUCUUUGUCUUCAAUCUUUCAGAAUUGUCCAAGAUCAUUGUAUUGCUGAGAAUAGCUAAGUCUUUCACAGUUAAUCACUGUAUGAUGUUUUCCUGGUUCUGUUUAUUUCACUCUGCAUCAGUCCAUGUUGAUCUUUCCAGCUUUUUUGAAAUCAUCCUGCUCUGUCAUUUCUUAUAGCACAAAAGUAUUCUGUCACCAUCAUAUACCACAAUUUGCUCAGCCAUUCCCCAAUUGAUGGACAUUCCUUCAAUUUCCAAUUCUUUGCCACUACAAAAAGGACUCCUUUGUACAAGUAGGUCCUUCUUCCACCUACCCAGCCUUUUUUUUUCCUUUGUUAUUAUUAUCUCUGUAUCUAAGGAUAUAGACCUAGUAGUGGCAUUACUAGAUCAAAGAAUAUGCAGAGUUUUAUAUCCCUUUGGACAUGGUUCCAAAUUGCCCCCCAGCAUGGUUGGGUCAGUUCACAACUUCACCAACAGUACAUUAGUGUCCUAAUUUUGCCAAUCCCCUCCAACAUUUAUUACUUACUGUCAUAUUGGCUAAUCUGAUAGGUAUGAGGCAGUACCUCAGAGUUGUUUUAAUUUGCAUUUCUCUAGUCAAGAAUGAUUUAGAGCUCACUAUCUCAUUGAUUUAAUUUUGUUUUUCUCAUUUCUCCUCUAAACCUUCCAUUUUAAUAUAUACUAACCAUGUGUUACUAUUAAGCUUUCUCUGGUAGUUGUAGAUGUGUGUAUGAGAAUUAAAUUAUUUAUCAUUAUAAAAAAUAUAUACCUAUAUAUCUAUAUCAUUCUAAUGUCCCCUUAUGAUUGGUGGUGGGCCUUGGAAGGACAGUCAGGGAUGGAGGUGGACUUGCUUAAGACAGUGAUUCCUAUCCCCUUUGCCCAAAUCUGUGUUUAUGUGUAUAUAGUAUGUAUGUGGGGGCUCUUUGGGGUAACUCCUCCUCCCCCUCUGCUUCUGAGUGCUAUGUCACAUUUAUUUUAACAUAAAGUUAAUUUUUUGUUUUGAAAAGUUUGUGAUGUAAAAAAAGGGAGUAUCAUCGUGGAGACGUGUCCUGUGGGCAUUGGAAGUUGGGAAACCCCCAAGGAAUGGCUUGUUCAUCUGGGAUGUAUUAAUUGAAAAUCUGGAUUGAGAAGUGCUGGGGUUCCCCCAAAGGCCAUUAGGUGGUUGUUAUGCAGUUACACUGAGGGCACAGUGUGAUUGAUACCAAGAAUGGGCUGAGAAGGGAAUGUUCUCCCUGGGGUGAAAGGGGUCCUUCGCUUGGUGGUCUUUAUUCCUGACAUGAUGGCCCUGCCCAGAAAGGUCCCUCUCCCAGGUAUGCAUCAUCCACAAUUCCCAUCCCAGGGUUCUCCCUGUCCCCAAGCCAAACCCUCUCUGAAAUAGUUGACUUCAGCUCAGAUCAGCCCCCAUCCCUCCCCACCCAGUAGCAGACUUCUACCCAUGUGACUCCAGGAUGCUAGAAUUCUAAAGAGAGUGUUUUUCUCAAUGCCCUCAUCCUGUGACGGCUAUCUCUGUGACUUUCUCUAAACAUCAGAUUGUGGGGUUGUAGUAAUAGUAGCAGCAGCAGCAUUUUCGUUGAUUGUCUGGUGACCCCAAUCACUGUAAACCCCACCUCUGGUGCCAGUUUUCAUGUUCACAACUUUUAAAUAAAUGCCUCCUGGCCCUUGGUUGUCCCGAAGUUUUGAUUCUGGGUACCAUCUUGUUUGAUCUUUUUUAAAUUUUAAAACAUUUCCACUUGGAAGGAAUAUUCAUUUGGGGUUUGGCAUAUGUACAUUUAGUUUCCACAGGGAUUAUUCCAGGGCUCAGACCUUGGAUCUCAGGGCUGGUGGGACUAGGUGGUGAGACAGCUUCAGGUGGGCUGGUCCGUCCUUCCUGCCUCAUCAUUCCUUCCUAUCUGCCCCCCUCUCACUGUGCCUUUUACUCCCUGCCUUUUCAAUAAACUUUCCUCUCAAUCUCUGAUGUGUCUGCCUACUACAUUGGUCCUGUCUUCUUGCCUUUCUCUUCCUCUCCAGAGUAAAUUUAAUAUGGUCCCCCCCUUGACAGGUAAAGAUUUUAACUCAGAUCUUUUGGGCUCACAUGUGAGAUCUGAUUGUCUUUGUUUUGGCUGGGAGGUCUGGAAUA